UUCAUCAUCAACAUAUGGGGAUUCAAAAGAAUUACCAAAAGUUGAGGAAAAUAUUGGUAAACCAUUGUCACCUUACGCAAUUACUAAAUAUGUUAACGAGCUUUAUGCACAGAUAUUCACCAACUUAUAUGGAAUUGAAACGAUUGGAUUACGUUAUUUUAAUGUUUUUGGUAAACGACAAAACCCGAAUGGUUCUUAUGCAGCAGUGAUUCCAUUAUUUAUCAAAUGUUUAAUCAAACAUGAACGACCAAUAAUCAAUGGUGAUGGAAGUUAUUCUCGAGAUUUUACCUACAUUGAUAAUGUUAUACAAGCUAAUGAACUUGCUAUGGUAACUUCCACUAAUGUCAUUCUUGAACGAUUAAAUGCAAAUGAAAACUCACCUAAAAUUACUCAGAUAAAUAUAAUAAUCAAUGUAGCAUCUGGCGGACAAACAACAUUAAAUGAAUUAUUUACCAGUUUACGUUCUAAUCUUUCUUGUUAUGAUCCAAUUACUGCUGAUAUUGAACCUAUCUAUGGUAUUGAACGACUGGGAGAUAUUCCACAUUCUCAAGCUUCUAUCGAAAAAGCUAAAAAUAUUCUAUCAUAUCAACCGAAAUGUAAUACUUCACAAGGAUUGGAAUUCGUUUGCAAAUGAAAAUGUGGUAUAACUGAUGAUUCAACUGAGAUUGCUGAACGCAAAGACUUAACUAUAAAACAAGAAUUUGCCAAUUUUAAAGCGUACGAAAAAGACGAUUAUUCUUUCUCAACUUUCUGGCGCAAGUACGGAAAUCCUUUGCCGAAGUUAAACUCGAUGGCAUUUCGCUAUGGUACCAUCCCUGGUACGUCAGUACCCGGUGAGAAAUUUAAAAUACUCGAUUUCUUUAAAGGGCAAGGUUUAGCUUUUUUCUAA